CGAAGUGAAUGCGCCAAGAUCUUGCCAAGCUGAGCCCCACUUGGUGUUGCUUGUAAAACGAUGAUUCAGACCUCCCACACGAAAGAGUGCAUGCACUAGUCCUGCUGCACUCUCCAAAUUCUCCCGAGUCCCAUAAUCCGACAUACCCUUGUGGUUGAACGAAUCGGAACAAGGGAGUAAAAAUGACACCAGAGAGUGUCGAUAAUUUUAAGAGCAUCGUUUCUUUGGUCAUCUUCCUGUUUGCCAACGUCCUGGUGGUGAUUCCGUUCACAAUCCGAUGUACCCUUCCCGCCGUCAUUGUACGUCCUCUGGAGACAUUCCUCACCAAGUCACGCAUAAUACCGGGAAAACCAUCCGCUGCGAAUGAGCACCGUACAGCUUCUGCGUCGCUCGAAUUCGCCAUUCCUAUCGAUCAUUCAACUGCACCAUUGUUGGCGGUCCUUGUUCUGCUUUCGACUGGAUCCAUAACGGGCCGGGAAGUCAGAGAUGGCGUGUUGGGAUCUGACGGAGUUAAACCUAUUGACGUCAUGGCACUCUUCAUCUCGCUCGCUUACAUAUCAAUAUCUCUGGAUUCCACUGGCCUACUCCGUUUCUUAGCAUUUUGGGUACUGAAGAACGGUGGCUCCAAAGGUCGCUUACUUUACUUCCUGCUAUACAUCUUUUUCUUUACCUCGGGAGUCGUCGUUGGGAAUGAUCCCGUCAUCUUAUCAGGAACAGCAUUUCUGGCUUACAUGACACGUACGGCCGGAAUCGAUGAUCCCACUGCCUGGAUUUACUCCCAAUUUGCAAUCGUGAACAUCGCCUCAGCAGUGCUUGUAUCCUCCAACCCAACAAACCUCGUUCUUUCAGGUGCUUUCGGUAUUUCCUUCAUCAUCUACACAGCGAAUGUUAUCGUUCCAGUGUUCCUAACCGCUGCACUAUUAUUUCCUUGUCUCUUGGCAUUUUUCAUCAAGUUCCCCGACUAUUCAUCCAUGAGAAAGGAUAGGGAUUCAAGAACCCCGGCAUCUUUGCUCCCAAAAUCUAUCCACAUUGAUACGUUCAUAAGUAGCACGUCUAUAUCGGGAGUUUCGGGGGCAACGAACAACAACGAUCCUUCUCGCAUGCUACUUAUCGAUCCUGGUGGAGCCUUUUUUGGGCUCCUUACUCUUGGAGUUACUCUUGUGGCACUCUUGGCAACCAGCGCUGCCCAUGUUGGAGUAGGAGUCUACGCGAUCACUGUGCCAGCCGCCGUUCUCAUGUUCGUCCGGGAUGUGCUGCACGAUUGGCGAUCUAGUAGACCAGCUCAGGCCAAGGCUGCGAUAGGAGACGAAGCUCACAGCGUGGAUGGACAUAGGCCUGGCAACCACGAAUCAGUCGAGAUGGAUGCCCUUGACCGACCUCGGGCGCCUACGGUGGCAAUUGGAACCAUCUUGUCGGGAAACCCUCAAAAGUUCCAUCCAUCCUUUGCGAGCACCUCAUCCUUGCCACAUACAGUUCCGGCUGAGCAAACUCUCACAGGGCUUGACGAAGCAGCAGUACUCACUUCUUCCGAACCCAUCGAUGAACCUCCAUCUUCCGUGGCUCUGGAUAACAACAACAACGAACUAGACCGUGGGCUUAUCUCGUACCCUCCAGCAACGACAGCUUUGGACACUUCAAACAAGAACAAGAAUCGCCCCAGGUUAUUCCCUAGAUCCACAUCGCACCCAACCGUUCCUUCAACGUUAGAAGUCGAAGCGGCACAAAAACCACACUAUACACUCAUCACCUUCUUUCGCUCAGCAACAUCAAAAAUCUCCCGCGAUUUUCCAACACCGGUAACGACGAUCACCCGUCUCCCACUCUCUUUACUUCCCUUCGCAUUCUCGAUGUUCAUCCUCGUACAAGGUCUCGCAUCCAACGGCUGGGUUGGAGUUCUCGUUAAAUGGUGGGAAACAUGGGUACGUAAAACUGGAACCGUGGGCGCUGUAGGUGGUAUGGGAUUCAUCGGAGUCAUCGCUUGUAAUGUUGCGGGAACUAACAUUGGUGCCACUAUACUUCUUGCUCGUGUUCUUCAGCAAUGGGACUCGACCUACACACCCUCCCUCCGGACCCGUGACGCAGCUAUAUAUGCCCUAGCUUUAUCCUCCAACUACGGCGCGUUCUCACUAUCCUUCUCCGCCUCGCUCGCAGGACUUCUCUGGCGCUCGAUCCUCGCUCAGAAACACAUUCAUCUCAAACAGAAAGAUUUCGCUAGGAUAAACGCUCCUAUCGUUGCUUGCGCCAUGAUUAUUGGGUGUUCGGUUCUACUGGCCCAAGUUUACAUCAUGAAACAGGAGGAUUAGACUAUUUCGCUCGUUGUAUCAGAAUCCCUCCAAAAAAUAAAUAACUGAGC